AAAACUGUGACAUCACAGUAGGAUGUGUUUUUCACUACUAUAACGUUGGUGCCUGUUUGCACUAGCCACAGCUGGGCACUGACUCUUGCUGUGACCACGUCCCAUACACAGACACUAUCUAUAAGCACUGCAGCCUGCUGUUCAGUCCCAGACUGGAGGAUGGAUGUCCUGGAGUCUUCCAAGCUGCUGGAUGAGGAACUAUACUCAAGACAGCUGUAUGUGUUGGGUUCACCUGCCAUGCAGAGAAUUCAGAAAGCCAAGGUCUUGCUGUCAGGCCUACAGGGUUUGGGGGCUGAGGUAGCCAAGAACUUGGUCCUGAUGGGUGUGGGCAGCCUCACUCUGCAUGAUCCCAACCCCACCUGCUGGUCUGACCUGGCUGCCCAACUUUUCCUCUCAGAGAAAGACUUGGGAAGGAGUAGGGCUGAAGCUUCUCAAGACCUCUUGGCUCAGCUCAACAGAGCUGUCCAGGUCUUUGUGCACACAGGUGACAUCACUGAGGACCUGCUAUUGGAUUUCCAGGUGGUAGUGCUGACUGCCUCAAAGCUGGAAGAACAGCUAAGGAUGGGCACCUUUUGCCAUAAGCAUGGAGUCUGCUUUUUGGUGACUAAUACCUGGGGCCUUGUGGGGCAGUUGUUCUGUGACUUUGGUGAGGACUUCACUGUGCAGGACCCAACAGAGGCAGAACCCUUGACAGCUGCCAUUCAGCACAUAUCCCAGGGGUCCCCCGGCAUUCUCACAUUGAGGAGAGAGGCCAAUACCCACAAUUUCCGUGAUGAGGACUGGGUGACUUUCUCAGGCAUCGAGGGCAUGACUGAACUCAAUGGCUGUGCUCCCCGGUCCAUCCAUGUACGGAAGGAUGGGUCCCUGGAGAUUGGGGACACAACAACUUUCUCUUGUUACUUGCGUGGUGGGACUGUCACUGAAGUCAAGAGACCCAAGACUGUGAGACAUGAACCCCUGGACACAGCCCUGCUCCAGCCCCGUGUGGUGGCCCAGGGUGCUCAGGGAGUCCACCGUGCCCACUGCCUGCAUCAGGCCUUCCGUGCACUGCAUAUGUUUCAGCACCUAAAUGGCCGACCACCCAAGCCCUGGGAUUCUGUUGAUGCAGAGAUAGUGGUACGCCUGGCCCAGGACCUGGAACCAAUAAAGGGGACAGAGGAACAGCCACUGGAUGAAGUCCUGGUGCGGACAGUUGCCCUGACUAGUUCUGGUGUCUUGAGCCCUAUGGCAGCCAUGAUGGGUGCAGUGGCUGCCCAGGAAGUGCUGAAGGCAAUCUCCAGGAAGUUCAUGCCUUUGGACCAGUGGCUGUACUUUGAUGCCCUCGACUGUCUUCCAGAAGAUGGGGAUCUACUUCACAAUCCUGAGGACUAUACCCCGAGAGACUGCCGCUAUGAUGGGCAAAUUGCAGUGUUUGGGGCUGGUUUUCAGGAGAAACUGAGCUGCCAGCGCUACCUGCUGGUGGGUGCUGGUGCCAUUGGUUGUGAACUGCUCAAAGCCUUUGCCCUAAUGGGCCUUGGGGCUGGAGGAAGUGGAGCAUUGACUGUUGCCGACAUGGACCAUGUAGAAUACUCCAACCUCAGCCGUCAGUUCCUCUUCAGGGCCCAGGAUAUUGGUAGGCCCAAGGCAGAGGUGGCUGCAGCAGCUGCUCAGGUUCUGAACCCAGACUUAAAGGUAACCGCACUUACCCACCCACUGAAUCCCACUACAGAACACAUCUAUGGGGACCACUUCUUCUCCCAGGUGGAUGGCGUGGCUGCUGCCCUGGAUAGUUUCCAGGCCCGGCACUAUGUAGCUGCUCGCUGCACCCACUAUCUGAAGCCACUACUGGAGGCAGGUACACAAGGUACCUGGGGCAGUGCUUCAGUGUUCAUGCCACAUGUGACUGAGGGCUACAGCGCCCCUGCUUCAGCUGCAGCUUCUGAGGAUGCCUCCCACCCUGUCUGUACUGUGCGGUACUUCCCCACCACAGUCGAGCAUACUCUGAAGUGGGCUCGAGAUGAGUUUGAGGGACUCUUCCGACUGUCUGCAGAGACCAUCAAUCGCUACCAACAGGGAUGCACUUCCCUGACAGAUAUGAAUGAGCCACAGACAUUGAUCUUACUGAAGCCAGUGCUGGGAGUCCUGAGAGCACGUCCACAGAGCUGGCAAGACUGUGUGGUAUGGGCUUUUGGCCACUGGCAACUACGAUUCCAUUAUGGCAUCAAACAGCUCCUGAGACACUUUCCACCUGAUAAAGUGCUUGAGGAUGGAACUCCCUUCUGGUUUGGUCUCAAACAAUGUCCCCACCCCCUGGAGUUUGACAUCAGCCAAGACACACACCUUCUCUAUGUGCUGGCGGCUGCCAACCUAUAUGCCCAGAUGCAUGGGCUGCCUGGCUCACAGGACCAGACGGCCCUCAGGGGGAUGCUGAAGCUGCUGCCACAGCCUGACUCCCAGCACCUGGCCUCUAUCUUCACUAGUAACCUAGAGCUGGCUUUGGCUUCUGCAGAGUCUGGCCCUGAGCAACUGAAGGAGCUGCACAAUGUCCUGGAAGUCUGGAGCAUGGGCUCUCUCCUGAAGCCUCUGAUAUUUGAAAAGGAUAAUGAUAGCAAUUUCCAUAUGGACUUUGUGACAGCAGCAGCCAGCCUGCGAUCUCAGAACUAUGGACUCUCAUCAGUCAACCGUGCCCAGUGCAAGAGAAUCGUGGGCCAGAUUAUUCCAGCCAUUGCCACCACUACAACAGCUGUGGCAGGCCUGGUGUGCCUGGAGCUGUAUAAGGUGGUAGAUAAGCCACGGCCUCUUGGUGCCUUUCGCCACAGCUACCUGCACCUGGCUGGAAACUACUUCAGUCGCUCGGUGCCUUUAGCCCCAGCCACCCACACGUUCCAUCACUUGAAGUGGACCUGUUGGGACCGCCUGAAGGUUCCUGCUGGGCAGCCUGAAAGGACCCUAGAGUCGCUGCUGGGCCAUCUCCAGGAGGAACAUGGGCUGAGGGUGAGGAUGCUGUUGCAUGGCCCUGCCCUGCUCUAUUCAACAGGAUGG